CACCGUGACGUCACGUCUUGAAGUUUAUAUUUAAACAUAUUGAUUUUUUCCGGUCGCAGGAAUUUUUGGAAUUGUCACCAACGCCAUAUCCGUGGUGAUGUUCGUACGGGAGAAACAGUUCCGGACGUCGGUUGAUGCGUUGCUCCUCAACCUCUCCAUUUCUGAUCUCGGGAUGACUGGCUUGUGCUUCCCCUUCAUCAUCUCAGCAAACUUUGCUCAGGAGUGGUUACAUGGCAGCAUUGGCUGCACGAUGUACGGAUUUCUCAGCUUCUUGUUCGGCAAUGGUUCAAUAUCAACCCUCUCUGCUAUUAGCGUGGAAAGAUAUCUUAUAAUAUGUAGGCAUUAUGAAGAAACCAUUUUGCAAAGAAGGAUGGCGCUCGUGAAGAUUCUUGGUAUUAUUUGGUUCCAAGCUUUUGUCUGGGCGAUGCUACCCAUCACUACAGGUGUAGAAUAUACCUUGGAACCAUUCCAGAUGUCAUGCACCGUGGACUGGAAGGGCAAAUCACUCAGGUCAAGGCUGUUCAUUCUUGGACUUGUUGUUCUUGUGUUGGGGGUCAACACCCUCAUCAUGCUCUUCUGUUACAUCUGCAUCUUCUACACGGCGCGGAAGGAACGUCGCCGUCGACGGGAAAUACAAAACGUGGUUGUAACAAAGAUAUGCUUUUUUCUUGUCGUGGCAUUCUUCGUAUGCUGGGCACCGUACGCUGUCGUAUCUUUAAUGGGAUCCUAUGGUAACCCUCACACCAUCCCCCGCGUCAUCACCGUUGUCCCCGUUAUAUUUGCCAAGCUGUCAACGUGUCUCAACCCGGUGAUGUAUGUGGUCAUCUCCAAAAGGUUCCGAAAACGUUACCUGGACACGAUCAAAUGCAAGAAACGGAACCGCCUGUACCCCUCCAGUAUCGUCACCGUUCAGAUGACGCUCAGACAGUACCAGACCAACGGACGCUGAAAACGGAAUCGUCUCAGGAUUUGUUUGUUUGUUGUUCAACGGGGACGGUAGGGUGACAUAGUGGUUAAAGUGUUCGC